GUGAGCAUUUUGCCUGAUUGUCUGUCUGCAUCACAUGCAUCCUUGGUGCCCUUGGAGAAGAGGUUGUUGUUCCCAAGAAACCGGAGUUACUGGUGGUUGUGGGGACACUGUGUCGUUGUUAGGGAUCUAACACAGGUCCUCUGCAAGAGCAGCCAGUGCUCUUAACCACUCAGUUAUUAUUGUCCCUCCAGCCCAAACAAUCCCCUGCCCUCCUGACAGGGUUCUUCUGUGUAGCCCUGGCUGUGCUGUCCUGCCUCUGCCUUCUCCAGAGUGCUGGGAUUAAAGGCCUGCGCUGCCCGGCUUUUUUAAGUAGGCGCACUUCUAGCUGCAGAGAUCCUGUGAAUACACACGUGCACUCAAGGACCAGGAAUAUCAAGGAGCUCCAGUCUGAUAGAAAGAACAUGAUGUUACUGGUAGAGACAAGACUCAAGAAAAUCCUUAGAGACACAGCCCUGAUGAGUCCAUGGAAAUGGGUCAGCAAAGUUAAGUCAGAGCUAUAACCCUGAGUUUUAGCUCAGACCUGAUGACUUGAGCCUGCUGAUGUCCAGUGUUCUGGAAAUUCAGUGCCCAUAGAUGUGGACCAAGGAAGAGCCCCGGCCAUGGUCACUCUUAUCACAGAGAAGCUGCAGAACCAGAGUUUGGAUGACCUUACCCGAAGGGCCCGUGAGGCUGGCCCGUAUUCUGCUGAGAAACUGAACAAAGGUGGCCAUUUGUUCCCUUUGGAGAUUGGCGUGGACAAAAGUCCCUGGAAGGCCUUACGUGGAGGAUGGCGCAUUGGAAGCCAGGUGGCCUCAGGCCCUUUCCCAUUGGGCCCACUUGGUGUGUCUCACACCGAAGGUCUCAAAUGGCAGCUGGCAUCUCCAGGGCCUAUGGAUGUGGGCACCUUCUUGGACCUCCGUGAGAGCACAGGGCCACCAGCAGCACCACCAACCAAGCGACACUGCCGGUCCCUGUCGGAACCAGAGGAGCUGGCUCGAUGCCGCUCCCCAUGGCGCCCUGGCAGCUCCAAGGUGUGGACUCCCAUCUCUAAGAGGAGGUGCAACAGUGGUGGGAGCGCCACCCUGCAAUGCUGCAGCGCUCUCGGGAGCCCUGCCCUGCAGGGGCGUUCAGGCCUGCCCAGGAGUUCUGUGUCACCGCCGACGCCCCGGCCAGCUUCAGCCAGCAGUGGCUUUGUGGAUGGCAGUGGGAGCGGCGCAAGCGCAGGUGCGCCUUGGCUUUCUGCAGGACCCUGCCCGUUUUCCUCCAGGCGCCGACUGUCUCUCUCACAAGAGCACCUUGUAGAUGCGAACACUUGCCUGCCUUCAGCCAGCAGCACCCCCACAUCCACACCUGAGCUAGGCCGACACCAUGGCCUGCUCCGGUGCCGCUCACAGCCUUGUGUGUUGGAUGGGAGGAGGGUCCGGCGCAAGCGGAGACGGGAGGAGGAUGCCAGGUGGACGCGGCCGUCCUUGGACUUUCUGAAAAUGACACGGACUUUAAAAAACUCAAAGAGCCUUUGCUCCCUGGACUAUGAAGAUGAUGAGGAUGAUACCCAGGCGAAGACUGUUGUGUCCUCUCCGUGUAACUCUCAGGGCCUUGUGGGCAUCAUCACACCUGGCUCCAGCCCAAGGAUCCCUAGACCUGGCCCAACCGGCCCCAGUGCCUGGGCUUCAGGGGAGCCAGAGGCCAGCACAGGAGAGGGUGGGAGCAGUGGGGAGCCCAGUGACUGGGACAGUGCAGGAGAGGAGGGUGUCUUCCCACUGGACCCCAGCGACCUGGACCUGGAGCAGAUUGAGAACAACUGAAUUCUGACUGUGUGUAGUUACUGUCUGUCACCUUGGUGCCUGACCAGUGGAAAUAACUUGUGUGUUAUUUUGAAAAUUGAGGCGUAAUUUUGAUUCAGUUUUUCCUAAAGAAGUAUUUUGCAUUUUUAUGGCUUCUACAGUUCGGGAGAGCUUCUCUAUUUUGAAAUGGGUUUUCAGAGGGCAUUGUAUUAAACAUGGUUCUGCCUA